AUGGAGGUGGAGUGCAAAGUUGCACCUCCCUCCAGCGCGUGCGCGCUGCACCAAGGGAGUCUUUCGCGCUUCUCAAAGGCAUCUGGACGGUUCACCUGCUUUACUGCCUUUCUCCACUCAGGGACGGGCGGAGCCUCCGGCACUAACGCCGCCGGGGGAACGCUGUAUCUUCUGGACGACCGCGACGUCCCCUUCUCAUGCAUCCUGAUUGCUUCCAAUGAUGUCAUUCGUGACAGCGCGAAAGCGGCCAGCGCCUUCUCUAUCACCCGCAGUGGAGGCAACAAGACGGUUCUGAAGGCUGCAUCGGCGGCAGAUAAAAAGGAGUGGAUGCAAGUUAUCGCAAGAGUAAUACACCCAUCUGCUGCUUCGGUAGAAACAGCCGCCGCCGCCGCCCACGCUGCCAAGACUGAGGAUGAGGAUGAGGAUGAGGUUCCUGCUGGUAGGAAGCUGUCGCCAUUUACCUCCGUGCAGGAGGAGUCUGACGCGGGCCGUGCCGCGGCGUCGUCACUCCCGUCAGUACCGAAGGGAUGUGAAUUUGCUACUGCUUCUACGUCCUCCAUGAGGGGCGUGCUUUUGAAAAAAGGUGACCACUUCGGCCACUACUCUCGACGAUGGUUUGAACUAAGAAAAGGCGAGGGCCUCUUCUACGCAGCGCGUGAGAACCCCCCACCAAAGUCGUUUCGACGCGUUUCUUUGCAAGGUUUGUCGGCAACGUUUGUAGAAGACGAGGGGAAAAUCAUUAUCCCGCCGUCGCCGUCAUGUGGGCGGGGGAUGGUGCUUAAAUGUCUCCAGCCGGAUGAAUUUGUGAGGUGGCGUGGGGCCAUCCAAGUGGAGAGCUCAUGCUAUUCCCCGACGAGCCAUGAGAAUGUGGCGGACGCGCCUGCUGCGGAGACGUCUGCGAGUGUUCCUUCGGGAACCUCGGGAGAAGCGGCUGCAGCAGGGUGUGCCGGCCACUUUGCAGGUGACAGCAGUGUUCCCUUCUCUUUGACGAGUCUAGGGGGGAAUUCGCUUCAUUCGACGGCCAUUGCGCUUGAGCAAGGGAACCUGAGCCAAGCGGCGGAGGCGGCGAGGGCAUUUACUGCGAUGGAAUUGCUGGAACUUGAGGAUUUGCAGAGCGACACGCCAUGCGACUGUGCUGCAAUCACCGAAGAAUACUUGGAAUCCAUUGGAGAGAAAUACAAACCGGUGAAGGCUACUGCCGGGAUGGAGGCAGAACUGCAGAAGUACUACGAUGAGUGUCUCCCGUAUGGAUUUAGGGCUACGCUUCAGCGAUUGUGGCAGCGUCUUUUCCUGCCUAUCCGGGAGCCGUACGACUCGGUGAAGGAGCAUAUGGUGUUACUGGAUCUUGACGUUGAGCGACUUCGUGACUGUUUGAAAAGCAUGUUACGCAUGUAUGGUGAGGAGGUGGCAGUGCGGGGUGCUGUAGAGGAAUUGGACUACAUCCUGCGUGUUUACAAGUGUGUGCGGGAGCAGCUCCUCAUUCGGCUGGAAAUCGCCGCAUUCCGUGAGCAGCCCAAUCAAUGUGGGUUUCCGCUUGGUGUGAGUGGCACUAUAGCUAGAAUGAAGGAAUUACAGAGCUCUAAUAUUUCUUCUACCACCCACCAUGAUGAGGUGAUGGAGGCGUGGAAAACCAUGUAUCAGGCACUCUGCACCUUUCGCUUGGAGUUUGACGUCUUUGACGAGAGUGAGGAAACCAUUUUGACGAUGGAAAGUGCUCUCAAUGAGAUGGGUGUCUGGCUGCAGCAACAUCCCCGUGGCGUAGGGUGCGGGGAAGGGGACCUGCGGUAA